AUAAGUAUGCACAGGGCACGCUGUGCUUGGCAUAAGCGGUCUGCAGCGUGGGGAGAUUCAGCUGCAAAGGAUCAAGUGCCAGCUGCUUUCCAGACAUGCUGACAUUCUAAUGUCCCUGGAUUAUCUAUCUAUCUAUCUAUCUAUCUAUCUAUCAUGCUGCAAGAUUACUGUAUUCAAUCAGCACAAACGAGAAAUCUGUGGGAAUGAGGACACUGCGCUGGUUGCGCUCAGCGCAGAGUUUGUGUGCUGGGUUAAGAUGGAUUCCUGGGAUGGAACCGCAACAGCCUCAGGUGAAUCCGCAGUUGCUCCGGCUGGUCCAUACCUCGUCUCCACCUGAUCCUCCAAAAGCCACCCCCCAGACAAGCACUGUAACGGUAUUUGAAGAGGCCUUUGCCAAUCAGCAGAGGAAUAAGGCCUCGUUUGUGCAGGUGCUGGACCUGUUCUGUGGCCGCAGUGUGAGGAGGAGAGGACAUGUCGAAAUGAUCGAGGCCGCCCUCAGGUGGAUGCCAGAAUUUGGGGUGGAGAAAGACUUGGAGGUUUACAACAAACUGCUCGAUGUGUUCCCCAAGGAGGUCUUUGUCCCCAAAAACUUUAUUCAGAUAUAUUUCAACCAUUAUCCCCGCCAGCAGGAGUGUGCAAUCAAGGUACUAGAACAGAUGGAGUACUAUGGUGUCACCCCCAACAAGCACACCCGCUUCCUCCUGGUACAGACCUUUGGAAAGCUCAGCCAUCCUUUGAAAAAGUAUCAGCGGAUUAUGUACUGGUUCCCCCGGUUUAAAUACGCCAACCCUUACCCUCUACCUGACGGCAUAGAAGCGGAUCCCGUGGCUCUGUCGAAGAUGUGCCUGCAGCGUAUAGCAGCAGACAGGGACGCCCUUGCUACAGUCUAUCAGUUACCAUCAACGGAAGAGUGCGAGGAUGGGACGGUUCUAGAGCACGUACAUCUCGUGGGUAUCCAGUCCCCCAACCAGGUGUCCCUCCUUGCUGAGCAUGACCGCAGCUAUCCUGUUAUUGUGGAAGGUCCAUUUCCUUUGUGGCUGAAGAAGACCUGUGUGUAUUACUUCGUGCUGCGGGGUGACCCGGAGGCUAAAAAGAAGGAGGAGUUAGACCCUGAACGGUGUUUCUAUUACCCCCUGCAGCUGGAUCUAGAUCUGGAGAGGGAUCUUGGAGAUGAGCACACCUUUAACGUGGAUGAAGUGGAGGAAGGUCCAGUCUACGCCAUGUGCAUGACCGGUUCUGGAAAUGAGAAAUCACUGUUGAAGUGGAUUCAAGGGCUUGAAGAGACUAACCCAAUACUUGCCCAACUACCUGUCCUUUUCCGCUUGACCUCGGGUCUGCAGGAAGUCAGCACAGUCACCAAACAAGAGGACAAGUCGCAACAGAAGGAGGAGGAGGAGUCCGGACAACCAGAGCACCGGCAAAUGGAACAGUAACUGACUGUGCAGAAUUGCAGCCCCAGCUAUAAAGACUGAGCACCAUUGUAAUAACCAGGUUUUUGGUAAAUUACAGUGAAUUAUGUUUUUCAUGUGCAGUAAAUGAGAAUUGUUGUCCAGAAA